AUGGAAGCUAUAGUAAAGAACGCUAUACAGCAAUUUUGUGAAGAAAAUAACAUCUUGCAGGAUUUUCAACAUGGCUUCUGGAGAGGACGUUUCUGCCUCUCAAAUCUGCUAGCUUGUCUGGAGAUCUGGACCAGGGCUCUAGAAGAGAGUUUUGAGGUCGAUGCCGUGUACAUCGAUUUCCUCAAAGCUUUUGACACUGUCCCACACCAACGUCUUCUUCACAAACUGAGCGCCAUCGGCAUCCGGGGUGAUCUUCUGAACUGGAUUAGGGCGUUUCUGGUUGGUCGGAAACAACGUGUCUGUAUCGGAAAUAAUAUGUCAGAAUGGGUGAACGUGACCAGUGGUGUGCCACAAGGCUCAGUUCUGGGACCAGUGCUCUUCAUCCUUUACGUUUACGACAGCCUUCAGGAACUCGACUGCGGCAAAAUAAUAUUUGCAGACGAUGUUAAGCUUUGGCAAGUCAUUAAGGGACCGAAUGAUCAGAGAUCCCUUCAAGAUAAUUUGCACCGACUGCAAGCGUGGUCGAAGAAAUGGCUUCUAGAUUUCAAUGUGGAGAAGUGUGCCAUCCUUCAUCUGCGUCCAACCAACUCUCAUUCAAAUGAGAACCUGAGGACAUAUCACCUGAAAGAUAUAAGGCUCCCCGCAGAAUCUUCACAGAAGGAUCUCGGGGUUUGGAUACAGAAUCACCUGAAACCAAAACUGUAG